UGGUUGAAUUUGUUCAUCAUGGACGUGGUAAAUGCGGUGGGACCGAACCCCGGUGCUGCUCGCACAUCCCGAAUUAUGAUGGAGGGCGUCGGGGCGCGUGUAAUUCGUGGCCCUGGCUGGAAAUGGGGUAAACAGGAUGGUGGAGAAGGUCAUGUUGGAACAGUACGCAACUUUGAAAGCCCUGAUGAAGUUGUUGUUGUAUGGGAUAAUGGCACAGCAGCGAAUUAUCGAUGUUCCGGCCAGUAUGACUUGAGAAUUGUAGACAGUGCACCAACAGGUGUGAAGCAUGAGGGCACAAUGUGUGACACAUGCAGACAGCAGCCAAUUUUUGGCAUCAGAUGGAAGUGUGCUGAGUGUGGCAAUUAUGACCUGUGCUCAAUUUGUUAUCAUGGAGAUAAGCACCAUUUGCGGCACAGAUUCUAUCAGAUUACUACGCCGGGCAGCGAGCGAGUUUAUUUGGAAGCACGUCGAAAAAGUAAAAGAAUAUCUGUGCGAGGAAUAUUUCCAGGUGCGAGAGUUGUCCGAGGUGUUGAUUGGCAGUGGGAGGAUCAAGAUGGCGGUAAUGGCCGCCGUGGCAAAGUCCAAGAAGUACAAGAUUGGUCAGCGGCCAGUCCAAGAUCAGCAGCGUAUAUUGUCUGGGAUAACGGCUCGAAGAAUUUAUAUCGAGUCGGGUUUGAAGGCAUGGCUGAUUUGAAGGUUGUUAAUGAUGCCAAAGGACAAACUGUUUAUCGGGAUCAUUUGCCCUGUUUGGGUGAACAAGGCCCACCGCAUACUGGCCCGCCUGGGUUGAAAAUUAGCGAUAGAGUUACGGUUAAUUUAGAGUUAGAGAUUGUGCACUCGUUGCAACAUGGGCAUGGUGGAUGGACGGAUGGGAUGUUUGAGUGUAUGAAUAGUACUGGUACUGUGGUUGGGAUUGAUGAAGAUCAUGACAUUGUUGUGGCGUAUGCCAGCGGGAAUAGGUGGACGUUUAAUCCUGCGGUAUUGACGAGAGUUGCGCCGUCUACUGCUGAGGGGAAUAAUGAGACACCCAAGCAGCAGUUUUCGGUUGGGGAUGUUGUGCAGAUAUGUUCAGAUUUGGAGAGGAUCAAAAUGUUGCAGAGGGGGCAUGGAGAGUGGGCUGAUGGCAUGGCACCGACACUUGGAAAAGUCGGCCACAUUCAACAAAUCUACAACGACAACGACCUAAAAGUCGAAGUCUGCAACACAACAUGGACCUACAACCCCCUCGCCGUAACGAAAGUCGCCAGCAAAGAUGGCACAAUGCAGAACACAACAAGCGGCGAGCGUCUGAGCGCUCUACUCAAAAAACUCUUCGAAACACACGUCUCUGGCGACGUCAACGAAGAACUGGUAAAAUCCGCCGCGAAUGGCGAUGCUCAGAAAUGCGAAGAAGUGCUCAAGCAGAGCAACACAGCCGGGGCUGGUAUCGGUCCGGACGUAAACGGCGUUUUUGCUGGUCACACCGCAUUACAAGCCGCCAGUCAGAACGGUCAUCUGGAAGUAAUCACUGUAUUACUACGCUUCCACGCUGAUGUAGAAAUCGAAGAUAAGGAUGGUGAUAGAGCUGUUCAUCAUGCUGCAUUUGGCGAUGAGCCGGCAGUUAUGCAGUUGCUGGUUCAUGCGGGCGCUGAUUUAAAUGCGCGGAACAAACGACGACAGACUGCGUUGCAUAUUGGUGUGAAUAAGGGACAUAUUGGUGUGGUGAAGAUGCUGUUGGAUCUUGGAUGUCAUCCUAGUUUACAGGAUUCUGAAGGUGAUACCCCACUGCAUGAUGCAAUAUCAAAGAAGAGGGACGAUAUGCUGACACUGCUGCUGGAUCACACCGCUGACAUCACCCUGACGAACAACAACGGAUUUAAUGCGCUGCAUCACGCCGCCCUGCGUGGAAAUCCCAGCGCAAUGAAAAUAUUGCUGGCGAAACUACCGAGGCCGUGGAUCGUCGACGAGAAAAAAGAUGACGGAUAUACUGCGUUACACUUAGCCGCAUUAAAUAAUCAUGUGGAAGUUGCCGAACAGUUGGUACUUAAUGGAAAAGCCAACAUGGAUCUGCAGAAUGUGAAUUUGCAAACCGCCCUACAUCUCGCCGUCGAGCGUCAACACACUCAGAUCGUUAGGCUUUUAGUGCGAGAAGGCGCCAAUUUGAAUAUCGCCGACAAAGAUGGCGACACGCCACUGCACGAGGCGUUGAGGCAUCACACGCUGUCGCAAUUGCGACAACUGCAAGAUGUGCAAGACGUCGGUAAGCUGCUCAUGGGUUUGGGGACGCAAGGGUCGGACAAGAAGUCGUCGGCGAGCAUCGCGUGCUUUCUGGCGGGCAACGGCGCCGAUUUGACCAUUAAAAACAAGAAGGGACAAACGCCGCUCGACCUCUGCCCUGAUCCCAACUUGUGCAAGACGCUCACGAAAUGCUACAAGGAGAAGCAGAGCGGCGAAAUGGAUAUGGGUCCGCAAUGCAAUGUCAACCAAAAUCUUCCACCCGCGAUGGACGAAUGCUUGGUGUGCUCGGAUGCCAAACGCGACAUGAUAUUCCAGCCAUGUGGGCACGUUACGUGCUGCUCGGCAUGUGGUCCCCGAGUGAAGAAGUGCCUCAUCUGCAGAGAGAAUGUAUCAGCUCGAGUUAAGAUCGAGGAAUGUCUAGUAUGCUCGGACAGGAAGGCGUCGGUAUUGUUUAAGCCUUGCGGUCACAUGUGCGCCUGUGAAUGCUGCGCGCAAAUUAUGAAAAAGUGCGUCACUUGCCGGUCGCACAUUGAACUCAUCAUACCCAUGACAAUAUGCACGGGCGGAACGGGAACCAUAUCAGAGGUGAAGAAUGAGGUUGAAGUGGAACCUAUCAAGCCUUCUACCAGUGACCCGGGUGCCGCACAAGGACCAAUUAUGAAUAAUGGCAGUCGUGAUUCCAAUAAUGAUCUGCAAAAGUUGCAACAACAAUUGCACGAUAUUAAGGAACAAACCAUGUGUCCGGUGUGCCUGGAUCGUUUGAAGAACAUGAUAUUCCUUUGUGGACAUGGCCUGUGUCAAAUGUGCGGGGAUCAAAUGACGGAAUGUCCGAUUUGCCGAAAGGCUGUCGAGAAACGUAUUCUUUUAUAUUAAGAUGCUAAUUGAUAAGGCGUAGAUUAAUAUUUACUUAGUUAAAUGAGGGAUUUUGAUCAUGAAGCAACUCCAUUUUGGUAAUUGUACAUGCUAGUGUAUUGAAGUUAUAUUAUUUGAUUAGGUGCGUUUAUAUUAUGAGUAAUUUUUCUAUUGGAUCAACCGUUUGCUUUUUAUUAUUAUUGAGUAAGUUCGUGUUUCAUUGUUGCUUUGUUUCAUAUUAUCAUUUUUACAAAUGCAAUAUAGUCUUAAGGAACUACAUUAACUACAGAUAAAUGUUAAAUUGUUAUCUAUUCCAAAAAUCUCAUGAUCCAUUUCGAAUUGUUAUUAUAACAUUUGUAGUCAAAUUUUGUACUUUGUUUUAAGAUGUAACUCAAUAAUUUAUUUAAUAAAACACAUUUGUCUAGUUUA